UGAUCGGAGGCAGUUGCUCGGGUUCUGUAGUAGGCGUCAUUGGUUUAUAUGGUGGUUUGAUUUGAUCUAAAUUAGGGAAAAUAUACUAGAACUUCCACAGUUUUUACCAAAAAAUUGUCAACAAAGCAGUUAAAAAGACCCAUCACCAGAGAGUUGCUUUAAUAAAGAUCCGACCAUGGCGUCGGAACAAUUUUCACUGUGUUGGGAUAAUUUCCACAAAAACAUGAGUUCUGGCAUGAACUCCUUGUUGGAAAACGAAGAUUUGGUAGAUGUGACUCUAGCGGUUGAAGGAAAAUAUCUUAAAGCUCAUAAGAUGGUGCUUUCAGUGUGUAGUCCCUAUUUUAAAGAACUUUUCAAGACUAAUCCGUGUAAACAUCCAAUAGUGUUUAUGAAGGAUGUGUCGUAUGUAGCGUUAAGUGAUUUAUUACAAUUUAUGUACCAAGGCGAAGUACAAGUUAGUCAAGAAAAUUUAACUACCUUUAUUAAGACUGCAGAGGCCUUACAAAUUAAAGGACUCACUGGUGACGGAAGUAAUGCAACAGAAAAUGACGUCGACCAAGAAGAAAAAUCUGUACAACAUUUAUUAGAAGACAGUAAAUCAGAAUAUAAACAAAGUGCCCCUGUUCCACGACCAAAAAAGAUAGCACCCCAAGCUGUAGCCCCACCACCUGCUAAAAGACAAAGGUCAAGCACUUCGUCCUCUGAAAUGGCACCUAGUAGUAUAGUAACAAAAACAGAACCUGUAACGAAUGCGCCUACUGAAUUUGUACAAUUUAAAAUGGAACCAUAUGAUCAAUCACAAACAAUAAGCAUUCAGGACGAUGAUGAACAAUUUGGAGAAGGACUGGAAGAAAAUGUUGGAGAUGAAACUGAGGACUAUAGUAUGAUGGAAGGAAACGAAGAGGAACCACAAGCAGGCACAAGUACAGAAGGAACUGGAGAAGGACAAGGUGUUAUCUACUUUACCCAAGGAAAAAAGUACCCUAAAUUGAUAAUAAAUAGGUAUGAAUUCAUGUUAGAAAGGAAGUACGCUGAUAAGACCGCUUGGACUUGUAAAUAUAAAGAGAAAAAAAAGUGUAAAGCCAGAUUGCUCACCUACGGUAGGACGGUGAAACUCAUGAAUAGCAUUCACUCGCAUCCUGCAGAUUUUGAAGGCGACGUUGAAAGCCUGAUAUCGACUGUCGUAUUUUUCGAGGAAAAAGAGAAGACCUAUUUUCAGUUGUAAUUUUUUCGAACAGAGAUAUUAUAGGUAAGGAGGAGGAAAGAGAUGUAUGUUUCAUGGUAUGCUCUCCCCUAUCGAAUGUAAGGUCCAGAAACUGUGCCAAAAUAAGAAAUGAUUCUCAUUUUUGCUAGUAAUGAAAAUAAAAGUAAUAAAUGAUACAGAACAUACAAACGAAACUCAUAGAAGAAAAACAAAUAUGAUAAUAAAGGUAAUAACUGAAACUUCUAUAAACAUUAGUCUCAUGAUUCUUCUUUUAUGCUCUUGCCUCUCCACCUGUGAUAUCUUUCUGAGAACCUUUCAUGUGCAAAAACUUUGAUAUAUCUCGUUUUUUUCAUGUGUUUUUCAAUUUUAUUUAAUCUGAAACAGAAACCUUUCCCUGAUCAUGCCAUAUAGACUUCAAACUCAACAUAGAAUAAUAUUUAUUUUGUUUUUGUUGAUCAAUAUCAGAUAUAACAAAACGUUUUUUAAGCGAUUGUCUAUUGGCCUAGCAGUGAAAGGAUAAAGUAUUCUGCUGCGAAUAAAUUGUCCUCGAAUGAUGCAAUAAUGGAAUUGAGAUGCUUAUAAAAAAUAACCCUUGACGUUGUGUAACCAACGCUCUGACUAAUUCCUGUUAAUUGAUUUGUUUGAUGAGUUUUAUCUAUGUUAUUUAUAUAUUUUUGUUUCAUAGAUCUUUGUGUAUAUGGAGAAUUGGACUGGUAAUAAAUUUUCCAUGUGA